AUGUUCCUCGUACUCGUCAGUGGGGCUUGGUCUGGCACCGCGCAGCCUCUGAGCCUGAAGUGCAUCGCCUCAACUGUUGACUCGAACAUUUUCAACAGGUGGAUGGCAUUAGUACGCAACACGCAAUACGUGCCUCGCGACAUUCAUAGCAUCACGAACAAGGAACCAUCCAACGCGUGGCCAUGGAGGGAGUACUUAACCGGCCUCGGCAGGGCGCUGGUGGCGGCCGCCACGCGCGCGAUGCGCUCUUUCCCAGGUCCCUGGGUGCCGCAACGGACCCACGGCCACGGUGGGGACGUCGCCUCGAAGCUGGAGGCGUGGAAACUUCCUCUCCAGGCUCGAGGCGACGAUGACGCAUCCGGGGUUGGGCGCUCGAGCGGACUCGAAGACUUCCAGUCUGGCACUGGUCAGGAUUGCGAGGCUAGUAUAGACUCGCGGCGCGUCGGUGGGGCUGAGAUUUCUGCAGAGCAGAAGCGAGUCGUAUCAGAAGAGAUGCGCUAG